GCCCCCUGCCCAAUUCUGUUGGAGCGGAGCGUCAGUGACAAAGAAAAAGGCCUGCAGCAGCAAGUGCACUGCGCAUUAAUGCAUCAUCCAUCAUUUUUUUUCCUUUCAAUACAAAGCAUCAUCCAUCAUAUACUGGUGCUGGUGCCUCCCAAAGCACGAUAGAUUUGCCGGUUUCUAAGGAGAAAGCUCCCAAGGCUAGGCUCUGCCGCUCCCUGCAGCAGAGUCGUAGGCUGCAGCAGCGCCAAAAUGGCGAGCAAGGUGGUGGACCUCCGGUCGGACACGGUCACCAAGCCCUCGGAGGCCAUGCGGGCCGCCAUGGCCGCGGCCGACGUCGACGACGACGUCGUGGGCGUCGACCCGACCGCGCAGCGCUUCCAGGCGGAGAUGGCCGCGCUCAUGGGCAAGGAGGCCGCGCUCUUCGUGCCCUCGGGCACCAUGGGCAACCUCAUCUCCGUCCUCGUGCACUGCGACGUCAGGGGCAGCGAGGCCAUCCUCGGCGACAACUCGCACAUCCACGUCUACGAGAACGGGGGCAUCUCCACCAUCGGCGGCGUGCACCCCAAGACCGUGCCCAACAACCCCGACGGCACCAUGGACAUCGACAAGAUCGUCGCGGCCAUCAGGCACCCGGAUCUGCAUUACCCGACCACCAGGCUCAUCUGCCUGGAGAACACACAUGGGAAUUCUGGUGGAAAAUGUUUAUCUGUAGAAUACACUGACAAGGUCGGUGAAAUUGCAACGAGCCAUGGCCUCAAGCUUCAUAUUGAUGGAGCUCGCAUUUUUAACGCCUCUGUGGCGCUUGGAGUCCCUGUAGAUAGACUCGUGAAAGCUGCUGAUUCAGUUUCGGUAUGCCUAUCUAAAGGGUUAGGCGCCCCCGUUGGGUCGGUUAUUGUUGGUUCGAAGAACUUCAUUGAGAAGGCCAAAAUUCUUAGGAAGACCCUAGGUGGUGGCAUGAGGCAGGUUGGAGUUCUCUGUGCUGCUGCUCAAGUUGCCGUCCGUGACACUGUGGGAAAGCUUGCAGAUGACCAUAGGAAGGCUAGAGCUUUGACAGAGGGGCUGAAGAAAAUUAAACAUAUUACAGUCGAUCCAGCUUCCGUUGAGACCAAUAUGGUAUUCUUCGAUAUCGUCGAUCCAAGAAUAUCACCUGACAAUCUAUGCCAAGUCUUGGAACAGCACAAUGUGCUUACAAUGCCAGCGAGUUCAAAAAGUAUCAGGUUCGUCCUCCAUUACCAAAUUUCAGACAGCGACGUUCAAUACGCAGUGACAUGUGUUGAGAAAGCUUUUGAAGAGCUACUGAAGGGUGGUACAAACUUGGAGCUCUUGACAAAUGGUACUACAAGAAGUUCGUACGGGCACUAGAUCACUUCCCUUUGGACCGCCCCAAUGUACAAGCUCGGUGACCUGCAAUGUUUUCUUUAAACCAGCAGGAGCGCUGCUUAAUUAUUUAAGAAGGGGAAGCACGUGAAGGUUGACGAUAGAUUCUGUUUAGUUAUGAAGAACUGUUGGUGUUUGUGACGGUGACCUUUGCUGAAUAACUGAUGGUUAACCGUGACCGCACCUUGGCUGAAUAAACUGCUCCUGUUCACUCUCU